UCCUAACCUCAUAGUUCUCCAGUUGUGGCAAAGGUAAACAAAAAAUAAUGUAAACAUUGUAAAAACUAUCAUAACAAGUGGUACAUAGUAUAUUUCAAAAAUUUGAAAUGCCUACUGUUAUUUUAUUGGACGUAUCUUUAUCUAUGACAAGACCUGUCCAUCUCAGUGAUGGAAUUGAAACUACUAGAAAGCAACUGGCAGAAAUCGGAAUAAAUGCUUUUCUGGAUCAUCUCAGUAUUCACUCCAAAUUAGAAUUCAUAUCCCUGAUCGCAUUUUCUUCGUUAUAUGAAGAGAGAUGUCCAUUUACCAGAGAUUACAAUGUGAUAAAAGGAGAAUUGAAAAAUAUAGACGAUUAUGAUAAAACUUGUAUUGAAACUGCCCUCCAUGGUGUCAACCAAAUGGUUUUGGGAGAAUGGGGAAACAACACAGCCUGUCAAAUAAUUUUGGUGACAGAUGGAAGUACCGGCGUUGGAUCAAAAUCCCUAAAGGAAUCUUUGUCAACAAUAAAUCAACGCUCAAGCAAAGUACCUUUUCCAAUUCCUUUCUCUUUUCCAGGAAAGUUGCAUGUAGUGUGUAUAACUCCUUCAUCAGAUUUGAAUUUUAUCAAAGCUAAACCUCUGUAUCAGAGGUUGAUAGAUCUUACUGGAUAUGACGGUUCAAUUUUGGUGCCAGACAAUCUUCAGAAUGAAUGUAAUGUUACCAGCUUGUUUCAAAAGCUUGCAGAGGACAUGUACGUUAUGUUCAAAGGUGUACUGAGAUGCGGUAACUUGGAAUCAAAAGUUAUACUGUCACCAGCUCCAGUGGUAAUUACUUUUUCACAUAUCAAUAAUUUACAUUUCAAAGUUAUUUGGUAUUCAUUGAUUUUGGUGGGAAUUUAUAUUUGAGAUGUUAAUUUUUCA